CGCAUGCGCACUACGGCUCGGGGAAGUGUCAAGAGGCCCCGCUGGGUCUCCCUCGCCCUCGCCUGGACCCAAGUGGACCUCGGACCCUCUCGGACCCGGGUCCGGGCCCAGCAGCCAUGACGAACGUGUACUCUUUGGAUGGAAUUCUGGUGUUUGGUUUGCUCUUUGUGUGCACCUGUGCCUACUUCAAGAAAGUACCUCGUCUUAAAACCUGGCUGCUCUCCGAAAAGAAGGGAGUUUGGGGUGUGUUUUACAAAGGUAAGAUAAUAUCAGCACAGGACAGGAGAUUUCCAUCUUUGCCUGAGGAGGUACAAAGUGGUGGUUGGGGCCGCUGUGAUUGGAACCAGACUGCAUGCUGCUGUGGCAAUCGCUUGUGUUGUAAUGGCCUUUUAUGUCCUGUUCAUAAAAUGAGUUUCAGAAUAUUCAUCUCAUCAACCUCCGGCCAAGGGGACAAGCGUGAAGAACCAGUCGGCAGCUGGGGCCUGGCCCAGAAGAGUUGAGAUGACAUCCUCACAGUCCCCAGGAUGACACCACAGCACCUGCUCCUAACAUAUGUGGGGAAAAGCUCCUCGUGAUUACAAAAUUAAUUUAUGCUUCAAGGGAUUCCAGAAAGCCAGCUUCCUUUGGUCUGUGUGUCAAUUGGACCUUGGUAGAGAUCAUAAAAUGUCCAGAAAAGUUA